AUGACAACUGACCCGUACUAUACAAUGACUACUAUUAGUAAUUUGAAUACUCUUCCUGAAAUGGAAAUACUUGCCUCUUUAAAAGAAAUUGGUAUAACAUGCGGUGAUCAGGAAUUAAAGAAACCUUCUAGUCAAUUUGUGAUGGAGUUGUAUGAAGCCAUAUUAAUCAGUUUAGCUACUGUGACCAAAGAAACAUGGGGCAAGAAGGACUGGUGUAAUAAACUUGACGAAACUAUGAAAAUGACUAAUGGAACAGCAGUAAGGAAUAUUAUAUCAAGUGUUACUUGUAAUAAAAUUAUGGUGGCAAGUGGUAUUAAAGACUUUGGAUUUAAUGAUAUUGUUCGACCUGAACCAAAACGCCUUCGUGGAAUACUCAGUGCAAUCAUUAAUUUGUUAAGAUUUAAAGAAUGCAAGGCUGAUUUAUCAAAAAAAUAUGAAGAUGAAUAUAACAAUUAUCUUGUAGCUAAUGCAAAGCUAACAGAAAAAUCUAGCUCACUUCUUGCACAGUUAAAUAAUUUAAAAUUAUGCCGUAAAGAACAAGAGCCUGAAGUAUCAAAUUAUCAGAGAGAGAAUGCAAAUCUUACAAGUAAUAUGCGAGAAAUUAAAAGACAACAGCAAUCAUUAUUAAAGGAAAUAUCUAAUCUAAAAGCUGCUAGACUUGAAUUGAUUGAAAAGAUUAAUAAUACUAAUUACCAUAAAGUAACAACACAACAAAUCAUUGACAAACUUAAAGGACGCAUUGUGUUAAAUCCAGACAAAAUUAAACAAAAUAAUGAAGAGCUAAACAAUAAUUUAUUACGUGAAAAAAAAGAACUUGCACUAUAUGAGAAAACAUUUAACGAUCUUCAGAUUAAGAUAAAUAUGUUAAACAUUAUAACUGAAGAACUGACAGCAUGUAUAACAUUCCUAGAUGAAAAUAUUAACCUUUUGCAUAAUUCUGAUAAAGAACACAAAAAACUUAUGGAUUUGAAAGAGGAAGUUGAGAAAAGGCGUCAAUAUGUUUGCGAUAUACAAAACAAGCAACAGAAUAAUUUAGAGGAAAGAAUUACAAGACAAGCUGAAAAACACAAAAGUAAAGUAGCAGAGAAGGAAGAGAAGGCAGCAUAUAUGCAAAAAAAAUAUGAGUACAUACAAGAAAGACGUAAGGAGAUUGAGGGAAAAUCAUUGGAAGAAAAAUCAUUCUAUGAUGAGGCACAAAAUAAUAUAAGAGAAUUGGUUCAAGCUUGGGACAGAGAGAAAGCAGAAGUUGAAUCAGCUUAUAAAGGAAUGAUUGAUCAAAUUCAUAAUUUUGAACAAGAAGCUCUUCAAAUAUUACAAAAAUUUGGUAAAAUACAUUUAUUAGUAUACAAUUUGAACUGUGAAAUACUUAUCAAGAUCAACUAUUUGACACCACUAAUAG